AUGGAAUCCGCUAGUUUUGAUAGUAUUACGUGGUCUGAUUUCGAAUGGAUAAAUAAACCUAAAAAGUGGGAUUUAGUUGAUAAUAAUCUAGAAGUGGCAACAGAUUUUAAGUCAGAUUUUUGGCAAGACACUUAUUAUAAAUUUAAAUUAAAUACAGGACAUGUAUAUGGCGUGAAUAUCAAAGAUAACUUUACAAUCCAGGUAUGUGUGGAGGCCGAUUUCACAACGUUGUACGACCAAGCUGGAGUCAUGAUAUAUUUAGAUGAGAAGCAUUGGCUUAAAGCAGGUAUUGAAUACAACGAUGGACAACCUAUGAUUGGCAGUGUACUAACUAAUGAAGUGUCAGAUUGGGCAACAGGUACAUUCACAGGAAAUUCCCACAAAUUCUGGAUACGACUGUCAAGAGUAGACCAAGUUCUUUGUGUUAAAUAUUCACCGGAUAAAUCUACUUGGUACUUAUUACGACUCUGCCCGUUUCCUGCUGCUGAGAAUCAUUUUGUCGGUGUAAUGUGCUGUUCACCACAACGAGAGGGUUUGAGGGUUAAGUUUAGUGAUGUUACAUUUACGACACCUGUUAAAGAUAUACUUCAUUCUGACUAG